UCUGCUCUUCUUUCUCGUCCCCUUGCAGCCGAACAAAAGAAGCCAGCCGCCGGUGACAUUUUCUUGAGGAAAACCGGUAGGAAGCUUGAUUUUCUCCUUCUUUUCUUGCUCUAGAACACUUCUAGAACCCAAAAAUUUCCCCCUCCUGCAGAGAAUUCCAGAUCUGCUCGGUUUCUCCCCCUUCCCUGUCCAUGAGCUGCAGCUUGUGGGUGCGAAUUCUGGGCAUUUUUCUGUUUCCGUGAGCUUCCCCCUACACUGCUGCCGGCUUCUCUCCCAAACUGCAGCUCGGUUUUGCUUGCUAAAUUAUGGAAGCGAAACUGAGGACGAGGAAACCACGGGAAGUGACGAGUUAGAAGGCUAGCCAUCUUGUAAAGUGAACUUAGAUUUUAGAAAUAAAUCAUGAUCUUGUAAACUCGACUUUAUUGGAGAUUUAUGAUAUUAAAGCAAAUUAUAAAAUUUGAUCUUCAGAUUUUGGUGGUAUCAGAUUGUGAAUUGGAUAAGUUCUGAGCCUUGUGCAUUUGUAGGAUCCUUUCACGAGUGCACGACAUCUGCUACAUCUCUGGAUUUGGGUUUUGGGGCGUGACACAUAAAUUGGAAACUGUUCAUGAAGGCAUUAAUGAAGUUUACUCGGAAGAAGAAAAGGUAAGGAAGAUCUUGAGAUCUCUUCCCAAAACUUGGAGCAACAUUCACACCACCAUUGAGGAAGCACAUGAUUUAAGUGAAAUGACUACUAAAGUUCUCCAAGGAAAGCUACUCACCCAUGAGAUGGCAAUGAAAGAUUAUGAAAGUGAAGAUGAGAGUAAAAAGAAGAAGUCUAUUGCACUCAAGGUGACUCAAAACAAUGAAAGUGAAGAAGAAGAUGAUGACCUAGAUGAGGACAUUUUAACGCUUACAAGGAAAUUCAAGAAAUUCCUAAAGAAAAGUUGCUUUAAACAACAAGGUGGCUUCAACAAGGGCAAAAAGGACGAGAUCAUUUGUUACCGGUGCAAGAAACUUGGACAAAUUAAGCAUGAUUGCCUCCUAAAUGGUGAAAAGAGAUUCAAAGGAAAAGAAAAGAGGAAUAAGAAAGCUCUAGUGACAACUUGGAGUGAUGGUAGCUUAGAUGAAGAAUCAAGUGACUCUGAAGUAGCAAAAUUGUGUGUCAUGGCAAAAGAAGAGGACACUCAAGAGGUAAGCUCUCAAUCCAUACUUAAUGAUGAGUUCAAUUCUUUAGAAGAUUUACAAGAUGCAUUUGAUGAAGUUUAUAAGGAAUCUAAAUAAGUGCAAAAAAUUUCAUCUUCAAAAAGACCAUUACCUCUCUUUUAAAUGAAAAAGAAGAUUUACAAAAAGCUCUUAAUGAAGUUACCCUCAAAAAGGAAGAGUUACAAAAAUCUUUUGAUGAUUUAUUUCUUGAAAAUGCUCUUCUUAAGAAAAAUGAUUUGCACAAGAUUGUCAAUUCCUUGAGAAAUGACAACACCAGUUUAAAAAGAGUUUUAGACACUCAAAAUGAGUCUUUUGAGAAAGAAGGAAAUAUCUUGAUUUCAAAAUGCAAUGAGUUUGAAAAGAAAAACAAAGAUUUAGACAACACGAUUUCAAAACUCAUUGAGGGAAGCAAUAAACUUCAUACUAUUUUGGAUGCUCAAAGAGAUACAAGCAUCAAAACUGGUCUUGGGUAUGACAAACCAAGUGGAUCUAAGGCAUAUACCACUAAAUUUGUGAAGGCUAAUAGUUACCCAUCUACUAGUUUUCAAAAUCAAGGUGAAAGAUCAAGCACUCAAAGGAGACCUACCAUAACAUGUCAUUAUUGUUGUAGGAAAGGUCAUCAUGUUUCUAGAUGCCUUAUAAAAAGAGAUGCAUCAAAUGGAUCUAGGUGAAUAUGGGUUCCAAAAGGACUAAUAGCCCCACAUAUUAACACUCAAGGACCCAUGCAACAUUGGGUACCAAAAAUGCAAAUUUGAAUUGUCUUGCAGGUAUGAUUGGUGGCAAAGUCAAAACACAAAAAGGAUUAAUCUUAAUGUAGACUUAUGCCUCAAAAAAAAAAAAAAAAAAAGAAAAGAAAAAACUUGGAGCAAAAUUAAAAGAAAUGAAUUUUCUGUUGGAAGCUUCAUAAUUGUGUGGCAACCUUUAAUUUGAUGCAUACAUUUAUCAAUUUCUUAUAGCUUGUUUUAUGCUAAUUUUCAAUGUAUUAUGGAGAGUUAUGAUUAAUCCUGGCAUAUGAUGUU